AUGGGCAUGGGCAUGGCACCAGGCAUGGGCAUGGGCAUGGCACCAGGCAUGGGCAUGGGUAUGGCGCAUGGCAUUGGUAUGGGGCCUGCCAUGGGUAUGGCUCACGGUAUGGGGAUGGGUCCGUCUAUGGGUAUGGGUGGUGGCAUGAGGCCCGUGGGCGCGGUUGGAGUAUACUCUGUUGAGCAAGGAAUGCCGAGUGCGGGCCAAGGCAGUAUGGGUCCGCAAAUGGUGGAUACUCGGGACAACAGUCCGUUUGUGGGUCAGCAUAUGUUGGCCGGUGCUGAAGAGCCUGUAAUACUCGACGCAGAGGACUACUACCCUCGUGGCUCCCGCCACGAGGACUAUCAGCUUUCAGACAAUGAAAACGAGGCCAAGUACAACGAGGCCAAGUACAACGAUAGCGAAAGAAGAAGCGAGUUUCCGGGCGAGUUUCGAGGCUCCAUGUUCGGACCAGAAGAUGUGAUGCAGCAGUCCAUGGACGCCAGGAAUGGCCCCCUAGUCGAGAGCAUGGAUAUCCUGCCUUCUCAAUAA